AUGGGUCCAAAAAGAGUCUCGUUAAAUAGUAGAGCAUCUGAAUUUAAUGAUGAUUUUAUUAAAGAUGAAAACCAACUUAUGUGUAGGUUUUGCCAUCAUAGUGUUUGCUAUAAAGUUCAAUCAGUAAUAGCAACACAUCUUGAAAGUAAGGGUCAUAAACAAAAAAAAGCUGCUGCAGAACAUGUAAAUAUUCAAACACAACAAUUAACACUUCCAACAGCAAUUCAAGCUGCCGAAUCCAGAAAGAAUAUAGUUAUGUCAUUUGUAAAAACAUUAGUAGAAGCAAAUAUUCCACUUGAAAAGGCUAAUAAACUACAGCCCUGGAUUAGAAAAAAUGUCUGUGAAGGAGGAUCAAUAUCUGCUGCAAAUAUAUUACGAAGAGAAUAUUUACCUAUUACAUCAGAUUCUUGUACUUGUAGUGUCAUAAAUAUUCUUUUUUCUUAUCAUGGUAUUACUAAAUUAAUUGAAGUAGGUUUUUUAGACCAAGUUAAUAAUAGAACUAUUGAUGAAUUAAUUAUUCAAAUAUUAGUUAAAUGGUCUAUUCCUUUUGAAUAUCCUUGUCUUAUUGCUUCUGAUUCAGCUGCAUAUAUGAAAAAAUAUCAUCAUGAAGUUUUAAAACCACUUUUACCACAAUUGAUUCAUAUGUUAGAACAUUACUUAGCCAAAUUAAGCAAAUAUUUAUUUUAA